AAUCGAUAUCUCCAUUGAAGCAUCUCUGUCGUAUGCGUAAAUCGUCAUUUAUUUAGUUUUUGUUUUUAGACAUUUCACAAAAUGUUUUCGGUCUUUGGCAAGCGCAAGCCCGCCGCCACACCCACAGAGGAGGCCAUCCAAGGUCCUGCAGAUGUUCCACGCCCCAGCGGUGUCGAUGACUUUGUGUUCAUCGACCGAAAGCCUAGCCCAGAUCAUGGCAGGACUUAUCCGCCCGCGAUGCCCUUCACGGCGCCAGUUGGUGGUGGCGGCGGCGGCCCCCAAAGCUACAACUAUCUGGACGAUAUACCCUUUCAGCUGUCGCCGCAACUGACCACCAAGGCCGCCAGCCUGAGUGCCGAGCAGCAGAUGGACGCCGCCCUGGCGCUGCUAACGCGCCAGGUGUCCGUCGAUCGUCUGGCCGAGGAGUACACCUUCGCCCUGGAGCGGUCCGUGCAGAAGGAUAGCCGCUAGCAGAGCAAAUUAAAUGUAUAUUUUAGUCACAAAUUAGCUUUAACAUUGAAUUAGUUUUAAUGGCCCGAUCUGGAAUAAAGGAUUGAAUGUGGUAGGCCGAGAGAUUUGUGGUGGGCAGAGAGGCGACCCGUCUCUCGUUCGUUCAACAUUCAACAUACAA